GUCGGUCCAGCCGCGCUGCGAGGCCGCUGCUCCCGCGAGGCGGCGGGCGUGCCCCGGGUGGGUGCGUCUUGCAGGGGCGCGUGGACGAGUUGGCGAAGGCCGUCUGGAAUGGGCGUCCUUGGGGUCCAUCACGGGAAUUCUUGUGCCCACAGGCCCUGGCUACCCUGGGAAAAGAGAAGUGAAUGAAGAAAGAGAAAGUUUUAGAACCUAGAAAUUUCUGUGGAUAGCUUUGACAAGCCACUGAGAUGUCUACUUAGAAAUUAAGGGCAUAUUCAGAAGAGAAAAAGAGUAUCCAUCCCAGUAUCCCAGUUGCUGGCCAUUUCCUCAAACAGAAGAGAAUGAUGGAUGUCCAGGAAUCACUGACACUUGAGGAUGUGGCUGUGGAGUUCACCUGCGAGGAGUGGCAGCUCUUGGACCCUGCUCAGAAGGACCUGUACCGGGACGUGAUGCUGGAGAACUAUGGCAACCUGGUGUCACUGGGGUAUCAAUACAGAAAACCAGAUGUAUUCUCCAAGUUAGAACGAGGAGAAGAACCUUGGGCAGUAGAAGAUGAAAUACAGAGUCAGGUCUGUCCAGAAAAUGGCAAAGAUAAUCAUCUGCAUGGUCAGUUGAAAGAUCAAAGAAUUCUGAAAUGUAUAGAACAAUAUCAUGAACAUAAUACAUUUGCAAAUAUUAUUCCUCAAAGCAGAAGUCAUUGUCCUACCAAGAAGAAUCAUGGUACAUUUGAGUUAAACGUAAAAGCUAUGAAGUCACAUGUAAGUUUAGUCAACCAGAACAAAGACAGUGGAAUUAAGAACUCUAUUAAAUUUAAUGGAGAUGAAAAAUCGUUUCUGCAUGGUAAAUGUGAAGAAUUUAAUUCUGCAGUUAAAUUCCCUACAAGUGGAAAAGCUAAUAGCAAUAAAUCCCAACUCAUUAAACAUCAGAUAACUCAUGAAAUAGAGAAGACUCAUGUAUGCAGUGAGUGUGGGAAAGCCUUUGCCAAGAAGUCUCAGCUUAUUGAUCAUGAGAGAGUUCAUACAGGAGAGAAACCUUAUGGAUGCAGUAUGUGUGCAAAGGUGUUCUCCAGAAAGUCCAGGCUCAAUGAACAUCAGAGAAUUCAUAAAAGAGAGAAAUCUCUUAUAUGCAGUGAAUGUGAAAAAAUCUUCACUAUGAAAAGCCGUCUGAUUGAACAUCAGCGAACUCAUACCGGAGAGAAACCCUAUGUAUGCAAUGAAUGUGGAAAAGGCUUCCCAGGUAAGCGUAAUCUCAUUGUACAUCAGCGAAAUCAUACUGGAGAGAAAUCGUAUGUAUGUAAUGAAUGUGGAAAAGGCUUCACUGGGAAAAGCAUGCUUAUCAUACAUCAACGAACUCAUACAGGAGAGAAGCCCUACAUCUGUAAUGAUUGUGGGAAAGGCUUCACCACGAAGCACUAUGUCAUUAUACAUCAACGAAACCAUACAGGAGAGAAACCAUUUAUCUGCAAUGAAUGUGGGAAAGGCUUCACCAUGAAGAACCGUCUGAUUGAACAUCAACGAACUCAUACUGGAGAGAAACCUUACACAUGCAAUGAAUGUGGAAAAGGUUUUCCCAGGAAAAGUAACCUCAUUGUACAUCAGAGAAAUCAUACAGUAGAGAAAUCAUAUCUAUGUAAUGAAUGUGGAAAAGGCUUCACUGUGAAGAGUAUGCUUAUAAUACAUCAGCGAACUCAUACUGGAGAAAAACCCUAUAUAUGCAGUGACUGUGGGAAAGGUUUUCCCUUAAAGAGUCGGCUGAUUGUACAUCAGCGAACUCACACUGGAGAGAAACCUUAUAGGUGCAGAGAAUGUGGGAAAGGUUUCAUUGUAAACAGUGGACUGAUGUUACAUCAGCGAACUCAUACUGGAGAGAAACCCUACAUAUGCAAUGAAUGUGGAAAAGGUUUUGCCUUCAAGAGCAAUCUUGUUGUACAUCAGCGAACUCAUACUGGAGAGAAACCCUUUACGUGCAGUGAAUGUGGAAAAGGCUUUACUAUGAAACGUUAUCUCAUUGUACAUCGGCAAGUUCAUACAGAGGAAAAAUCCUACAUAUGCAGUGAAUGUGGAAAAGCCUUUGCUAUGGAAACAGAGCUCAUUUUACAUAACCAGGUUCAUACUGGAGAGAAACCUUAUGCAUGUGAUGAAUGUGGUAAAGGCUUUACUGUGAAAAGUCGUCUCAUUGUUCAUCAAAGAACUCAUACAGGAGAGAAACCCUUUAUAUGCAGUGAAUGUGGAAAAGGUUUCACCAUGAAGCGCUAUCUAAUUGCUCAUCAGCGAACUCACAGUGGAGAGAAACCUUACGUAUGCAAUGAAUGUGGAAAAGGCUUUACCGUAAAGAGCAAUCUCAUCGUACAUCAGCGAACUCAUACAGGAGAGAAACCCUAUAUAUGCAGUGAAUGUGGAAAAGGCUUCACUAUGAAGCGCUAUCUUGUUGUCCAUCAGCGAACUCAUACUGGAGAGAAGCCCUACAUAUGCAAUGAGUGUGGAAAAGGCUUCACUGUGAAGAGUAAUCUCAUUGUACAUCAGCGAUCUCAUACAGGGGAAAAAUCUCAUAUCUGUGGUGAAUGUGGAAAAGGCUUCACUGUGAAGCGCACUCUCAUUAUACACCAGCGAACUCACACAGGAGAGAAAUCUUACAUAUGUAGCGAAUGUGGAAAAGGCUUCACCACAAAGCGCACACUCAUCAUACACCAGCGAACCCAUACAGGAGAGAAACCGUAUGAAUGCAAUGAGUGUGGUAAAGCCUUCAGCCAGAAGAUAUGCCUCAUACAACAUGAAAGAUGUCACACAGGAAAGACACCCUUUGUAUGUACUGAGUGUGGAAAAUCCUAUUCACACAAAUAUGGUCUUAUUACCCAUCAGAGAAUUCACACAGGAGAGAAACCUUAUGAGUGCAGUGAAUGUGGGAAAGCCUUCACCACAAAGUCAGUACUCAAUGUACAUCAAAGAACUCACACAGGAGAAAGACCAUAUGGAUGUAGUGAUUGUGAGAAAGCCUUCUCCCACUUGUCAAACCUUGUUAAACAUAAGAAAAUGCACACAAGAGAAAUGGGUAGAUUCAGUCAAGUUGAAAAUCCUUUAACAGGUAGUCACAGAUUAUUACUUAUGAGUGAACUCAUGAAGAACAAAAACACUGUUAAUCCAAUGACGGAAAUGCCUUCUGUGGCAACUGAGACAUCAUUAAACAUCAGUGUGUUUUUAGCAGAUUGGAAUGUAAUCAUGAUACUGGCUGUUUCAGAUGUGAGCCCUUGGGAGAUUAAAGGAUUUCCCCAGAAGAUAAACCUGAUGAAUACAGUAAAUACGGUAGUGCCUUUAAUGAUCCUUUAUCUCACAUUUUCUGUCAAUGAAAACAUGUUGGACAAACUCUGAUACAUUCAAUGUAGAGAUGCCUUGGGCAGAAAUUUUUUGUUGUAAGUUUGACGUUUUACAUAGUAGUGAGACAAAUUCUGUGAAUGCAGAGACUAGGAAAGCUUUUGUGAGAUGAGAGACUUAAUUAUCAGGGUUCCUUGUGGGCCAUUUAAGUGCUUUUUGUUAGGUCUAACCUCAUUAUCCAUCAGAUAAUAUACCUGAAGUGUAUUUUCAGACAAGCUAUCUUGAACCUUAAUUCUAGUCCUCUUGUCAAUGAUUCUAUAGUUUU